CUUGUCCUGCCGCUAAGGGCCCGAGUAGCACUGGUCAAUGACGCAGCGCAUAAUUCUGGAAUAGGUUUUGUGUGGCCUGUGAGUGGUAGCAGAGAGGCAUAGGGCUGACAUCCAGACUGACAUAUCCGAGUUUCGUCCGGAUCAAGAAAAUUGUGGUCAGUAACUACUAAGUAGUUAUCAUGAUUCUCCAAAGGGGGAUAAUGUAUGCUCAAAAACGAUGCCUCUGCCUUUCAUCUCGUAUCAUGACCAUCUCGUGUGCCGGAAGCACCUGAACCGAAGGGACAUGAUACUAACUAGUCAGCUGCUGGUAACAUGACAUCUGAGCCACGGGAACGAGGCGACCAGGCAGUUCGGACAAUAGUAUCAGAUUGGGACAACGUUGGCUCUGUUCUCCAGACAAGGUUGACGGUUUCUUCCGACGGGGACGAAAAUAAUGAGGCUGCAAUUUUGGUUGGGGGUCUCACGUCACAGAUUUGGGAAGGGGAGGAGGGGAGUCGGAAACUAACGAGGAACCUUCAAGGGUUCUGAAGAUGCCGGAUC